AACCCGUAAAGUUACAGGGGGGCGUUUUUGGCUUCCAAUUAGGGAUAAUACUGGCUUCGUAGCAACUGCCGAGGAGGAGGAUUCUAAAACCGCCUCACCCGUCCCCAAACCCGCAUCCUCCUCCUCCUGCCACGCACUCUUCCUUCAAUUCAUGACCAAGAAAAGGGAGCCAGGGAGCCAGGGAGGCUUCGCUCCUCUCUGCUGAAGAGAAGCGGAGAGGACCGCGGAGUCACUUGGUUGGCGGUGGGCAUGAGUGCAGUCAGGCGGUGGGCGCUUCCGCACCCUUUGCCGCCGGCGGGGACUCAAGUGGCCUGAAAGAGUUGUCCGGAAUUCCUGUUCUUCCCAAAGGGGCUUGGAGCCGCCUCAGAUGCUGCGGGACUGAAGAACAAACGUCGAGGAUUAUUAUGUCGAUUUUCCGAGGAUCAGGAUUCGCAGUGCGGAACAGAAGAAAAGGCUGGCUCCUCGGGGGUCCCGCCGGCAUUUGAUACUCGGAGACCCCCAGGAUUGCUCAAAUUGCCGUGGAUCAGCAACUUUCCUAUAUUCGCAUCCUGCAUUUUCAAAGAAAAUACUUAUCUGUUCUCUCUGGUCUUUUACUGCUAUAAAUACACUGUCCCUGCUGCGAAUACUACAGUCUCUUCAUUCAAACAUGCUGUAUGUUUUUGCCAAAUAUGAUCUCUAACUGAAAGUUUAUUUUUGGUUUUGGAUGAAUCUGUGGAGCUUACGUUGUAAGAAGAAAGGGGGAACAAGACACAAUGAAAGAAAAGUCCAAAAAUGCUGCCCGGACUAGGAGAGAGAAGGAAAACAGUGAAUUUUAUGAACUGGCUAAAUUACUGCCUUUGCCCUCGGCUAUCACCUCGCAGCUGGACAAAGCAUCCAUAAUCAGACUGACGACCAGCUAUCUCAAAAUGAGAGUGGUGUUCCCAGAAGGGCUUGGCGAGGCGUGGGGCCACUCGAGUCGAACAAGCCCCCUGGACAACGUUGGCCGCGAACUGGGCUCCCAUUUGCUUCAGACCCUAGAUGGCUUCAUCUUCGUGGUGGCCCCAGAUGGGAAGAUCAUGUAUAUCUCAGAGACAGCCUCAGUCCACCUGGGUCUUUCUCAGGUAGAGCUGACCGGAAACAGCAUUUAUGAGUACAUCCAUCCGGCGGACCACGACGAGAUGACGGCGGUGCUCACCGCCCAUCAGCCCUAUCACUCUCACUUCGUGCAGGAGUACGAGAUCGAACGCUCCUUCUUCCUGAGGAUGAAGUGCGUCUUGGCCAAGCGGAACGCAGGCCUCACCUGCGGCGGCUACAAGGUCAUUCAUUGCAGCGGUUACCUGAAGAUCCGCCAGUACAGCCUGGACAUGUCCCCCUUUGACGGCUGCUACCAGAACGUGGGCCUAGUGGCCGUGGGUCACUCGCUGCCUCCCAGCGCCGUCACGGAGAUCAAGCUACACAGCAACAUGUUCAUGUUCCGUGCCAGCCUGGACAUGAAGCUCAUCUUCCUGGACUCCAGGGUGGCGGAGCUGACGGGGUAUGAACCUCAGGACCUGAUUGAGAAGACCCUGUACCACCACGUGCAUGGCUGCGACACCUUUCACCUGCGCUGCGCUCACCACCUGCUGCUGGUGAAGGGACAGGUGACCACCAAGUACUAUAGGUUCCUGGCGAAGCACGGUGGCUGGGUAUGGGUGCAGAGCUACGCGACCAUUGUGCACAACAGUCGCUCUUCCAGGCCACACUGCAUCGUCAGCGUCAACUACGUCCUCACAGACACAGAAUACAAAGGGCUGCAGCUCUCCCUGGAUCAGAUCUCAGCCUCCAAACCAGCCUUCUCCUAUGCCAGCAGCUCCACCCCCACCAUGACUGACAGCAGGAAGGUGGCCAAGACUCGGCUCUCCAGCUCAAAGUCAAAAGCCAGGACCUCACCAUACCCUCAGUAUUCGGGAUUUCACACGGAAAGAUCGGAGUCUGACCACGACAGCCAGUGGGGCGGAAGUCCCCUGACCGACACAGCCUCUCCGCAGCUCCUGGACCCCGCCGAGCGGCCGGGCUCUCAGCAUGACGCGUCGUGCGCCUACAGACAGUUCUCGGACCGCAGCUCCCUCUGCUACGGCUUUGCGCUCGACCCCUCCAGGCUGGUGGAGGAGCGGCAUUUCCACACCCCGGCCUGCGAGGGGGGCCGCUGCGAGGCGGGCAGGUACUUCCUGGGAACGCCGCAGGCCGGGAGGGAGCCCUGGUGGGGCCCUCGCGCAGCCUUGCCCCUGACCAAGGCGUCCCCGGAAAGCAGAGAAGCCUACGAGAACAGCAUGCCGCACAUCGCCUCCGUCCACAGGAUCCACGGGAGAGGUCAUUGGGAUGAAGAUAGUGUGGUCAGUUCUCCAGACCCCGGGUCGGCCAGUGAAUCAGGUGACCGAUAUCGCACUGAGCAGUAUCAAAGUAGUCCACAUGAACCUAGCAAAAUUGAAACUCUGAUAAGAGCGACCCAGCAAAUGAUUAAAGAAGAGGAGAACAGAUUGCAGUUAAGGAAAGCGCCCCCAGACCAACUGGCUUCCAUUAAUGGAGCUGGGAAAAAACACUCCCUCUGUUUUGCAAACUACCAACAGCCCCCACCAACAGGUGAAGUCUGCCACGGCUCUGCUCUUGCCAGCACUUCACCAUGUGACCACAUCCAGCAGAGAGAGGGCAAGAUGCUGAGCCCCCAUGAAAAUGACUAUGACAACAGUCCCACUGCACUGUCUCGGAUAAGUAGUCCCAGUUCGGAUCGCAUUUCAAAAUCCAGUUUGAUCCUAGCUAAAGACUAUCUACAUUCGGAUAUGUCUCCUCAUCAGACAGCAGGAGACCAUCCUGCCGUCUCUCCAAACUGCUUUGGCUCUCACCGGCAGUAUUUUGAUAAGCAUGCUUACACAUUAACUGGAUAUGCCCUGGAGCACUUAUAUGACAGUGAAACCAUUAGAAACUAUUCCUUGGGCUGUAAUGGCUCACACUUUGAUGUAACUUCCCAUCUAAGGAUGCAGCCAGAUCCAGCACAAGGACACAAGGGAACAUCUGUCAUAAUAACCAAUGGAAGCUGAUGUUUUUCUAGAGUAUUUUGUUCUUUAAGGAUCUCUGAAACAUAUUUAUAGUUUAAUGCCCUAUUACUAGCAUUUACUAUGCCACAGAUUUUAGAAAGGAUAAUUUAAGUUACUGAGUAUGUGACAUGUGUUCCAAUGAAAUAAAACAUAACACUAGUAUUCAGGGUUAUAAACAGAUAUGGAGCUAAACUGAAUACACAAAUUGCCCCUUUAAUUAUAUGGGAAUCAGAAUAGAUACAUUUUGAAUUGAAAAAUGCUCAUGUAAGAUGGAGUGAGCAGUAUACCACAUGAAAAAGACUGGUGAGUAAUAACAUUACAUUGUGAUGACCCAGCAAUCCUCAUACACACAGACCACUAUUCACAGACCACUGUGUACCCUUUAGAUGGAGAAAUACAGAAUAUAUUCCAUAAAUAGACCACAAAUAGGUAAAUUUCCUUAACCCUAGCACAUUAAGCUUCAUAAAGAGAUUUUCAUCCUCAAAAUGACUAAGAGAGAGAGAUACAUCCUGUAAAAUGAUUUCUUCUUCGUGGUUUCAAACCACUAGCUCAUUUGGUUCAGGCGUAAAUUAGAGAUAUGGCUCUGGAUGUGGUCAAGAAUGACUUUUCACCUGGUAUCCAUUAUGAGCAAUCAGGAAGUAGUGAUUUUUCACCUUACUUUUGAGUUAGACAAAGACCAAGAUUGCACUGACAUAGCAGUAAGGGUUUUUCUAUGUAAAAGCACUGAGAUGUUGGGACACACAUCAAAAAACUUGUGUGCCCAAUUGAAGUAGUUUAAUGAAGAUGGAAAGGCCAGAGGCAGAGUGAAAUGAAACAAUAAAAUAAAUUAUUUAAAGCUCAGAACAGGUAAACAAAAUAUUUGUGACUUGCUUAUAAAACCAACCAAAUAAAUAAUUCAAACCAAUUCACCAAGAAAAAAGGCUGAUGAGUGCAAAAAAUAACUAAGGAAAACCAGUAAAGUGCUACAUGACAGGCGUGUAAGUGUUUGAAAACAUUUCAAAGCACAGAUGUGCCAAUGUGACAACAUGUGGAAAGCCUCGGGAGAGAGUCUAAGAUAAAAGGUUAGGUUGAUAGACAAGUGUUUAAAGACUGAGAGUAGUACUGCGACUGAAAGAACAGGCAAAAUGUUCAUUUUCCUUAUUGUUUGUAAGCAACAAAAACAACAAACUUGGUCUUAUAUCUGCGUGAUAUAGUGGAAAGAACAGCAGACUAAAUGCCAAAAUCUCUGGGUUCCAGUGCUGACCCUUAAUUUUGUGACCAUAGAUGUAUCACUCACCAUGCCUGGGCACCAGUUUCCUGGGUUGUGAGGCAGCUCUAAUGUUCCAUGGUUCCAUGGUUCACUGGUGCAGCAGAACUGAACAUAUUAACCGAUUAACUAUCCACUAUGAGUUGUCAAGACUAAUCAUUCUGGCUUCUCUGCACACAUACAGAGGUCUAGAUGCUUUGUAACUCAAGCAGGUGUGUGGGCUCUUUUAGGCAUGUAUAGCUACAGUCAACUUUCUAGAUUCAGCCAAAAUAUAGAUAGUAGAAACUUAUGAGGGAAAAGAAAAAUAAUAAGGUUUAUUUAAUGCACCAGUGUGUAGAGAAGUUUCAAAGAUAAUAUUUUCUAGGAGUACCAUGCCUGAAACUCUUGCCAUAUUCAAGAAGGGGAAUAUACUGGAAGUACUUGAUUUAUAAUUCUGAAAAUAUAACAUGACAUUGAACACUCAGGGAUUAGCAUUAUAUUUUCACAGUUAACAGUUAUUUGGCAGUCCAAACGUAGGUGACAAUCUGAACGAUGAUAAGAUGAGAGAUGAAUACUGGGUUAUUUGUACAUGAGAGAAGAGGCUACGUAGACUUAAAUAACUACUUCUUGGGUAUGAUAGAGCAACAUUUGUGCUGUAAAUGCAAAAAAGUGCAAGUAAGUGAAAACGUUAGUGGUUAUUAUAUGUAUUUAAAAAAAUCAAAGUAUAAUGAAAACUAAAUUUUGCACUAUACAAGCAAAAAUAUUUAGUAAUUUUGAGAAAAUUAUUUGUGAGAAACCCCUGGAAUACUUAAAAUGGAUUUUUGAUCAAUUUGCAACAUGAAGUAACGUUUUAGGAAUGUUAAGGUUUUGCAGAAUUCUAUGGAUAGAUAAAUGUUUCAAAGACAGAAAUAUCUGAUGAAUAUGGUGUUUUUAAGAAAGGAAAUCUAUACAGAUGGGUUUUACUGAUUAAUAUAUACAUUUUACCAAAUGUGUCAGGGAUAGAUGCUGUAAGAGAAAUGGAAACUUAAGAACCAAGGAAAAUGAACUGACAUUCAUUCUUUUAAAGAAAAGAUUGUCACUAGUGGAGUUUUAGUAUGAUUUUUAUAUAAAGGAUAGUUAAUUGGUGGAAGGAAAAAAUUUUGAACUUCACAGAUAGGGGGUAAUCACAAGGAAUAAUAAUGCUCUUUAAAAUGGUAUGACCAAUAUUUUUAAAGGAAGACAGAACUAACUAAAUUACAUCUUGAUUAAAAAUAUUGGUAGAUUUACCCAGUUUUAGACAUAUAACCGUUUUUUAAACUUACUGAAUGCUAAUAACUUUAUAGUAGCAGUAUUAUUACAUUACAUCUAAUAGGCCCACAGUAUUAUAUAGCUUACAUUUUUUGCAAUAUGGUAUGACUAUUACAAAAUGAUCCAAAAUAAGUUAAGACAUUUUAUGACAAGGUAACUUAAAAUAUGCAUAGAUGUGUUAAAAUAUAUUUAUAAUCUACAUUAUUUCAUUCUGUGCAGGAACAUAUCUCCUCAUAAGGAAGACGACGUCUAUUUUAAAAAUAUGGGAUAUAAAAUAAAUAUGUUCCCAAUAACUUAAUCAGUUAAAAUUAAACUUAAAUUGGCAUUAGUUUUAAUCCUUAAUUUCUGUAACUUUGAUAAAUGCUGAGAGCCAUGAUUUUUACAUCACCUUGCAGAUUCAUAAAAAUGUGCUGGGACUGGCUAGUUAGCUCACUCGAUUAGAGUGUGGUACUGAUAACACCAAAGGUCAAGGGUUCAGAUCCCCAUACUGGCCAGCCACCAGUAAAUAAAUAAAUAAGACAAAUAAAAAAAAAAACGUGCUAUGUCCAAUUACCAGUACAAUUCUUAUAUGUAUCAAUUCAAUAGAUAAUACAAAUGCUUUCUAGUAAUAGUAAGAGUAUUUUUAUUGCCCAUUUUACCUACCCUAACUAAUAAAAAAAUUUGAAUGACCAAAGAAAUAAGUGAAUAUUUACCCAAUAUUCCUUGGAAAAAUUUCUGUUAAAACUAUUACCGAAAAUAUACAGAUUUUUUGUAUUAUUUUUGGAUGCAUAAUAUUAACAUCACAGUCACUACAGGUCAGAUAUUUAGCUCCACAAGUUUUUUGACAUAUUAUACUGAAUAUAAUAUGCUAGCUAUUCUAAACUCUAAAUGCCUGAUAUAAGAUACUGUGACAGUGCUGAUGUGACAUUCGAAAUGAGACAGGAUGCAAUUAAUGAUUUGCCUUCAAUAUUUAUACAGAAAAACCAUUUAUUCUUUCUUGAUUAUAUUUUACAGGGCUAGAAUAUUCCAAUUGGGUACUAGUCUCAAUUCUCUCUACACCCUGCUGCCACAUGCUACCUCUGGGCAGAGAAUACCACUUAAAAUAAACUUUAAUAGGAUCAUCUAGAAAAGAAUAAUGUGCUCCAUUUUUCUUUUCUUUUUUAUAAGGGAUGAGGAUGAGGAUAAAUUCUAGCACAGUUUCUAAUACAUUUGGAAAAUAUGCAUAGAUAUUUAAAAAUAAAAUGAAAGACUCCUACCCCUCCCCAAGAUUUAGGCCAAAUUAGUUUCAUAGAUGACAGUACAGAUAAAGAGACAUUCUAAAUAUAGAUUUCAUAUUUUAUGGCUUUCUCUCUCAAGAGCAGGACAUUACUAAGAUAUUUAGAGCAAUUCUAUUAGUACUAGUAGUACUUGGAAGUGACAGAGUGAAUACUGAUAUUUGGAAAGCUGAGUAUUUGACUAUUUGGGUUUCAUUCACUUUGCCUAGUGGAAUAGCUUACACUUUAAUACAGUUUUUCUCAUUUAAAAAGUGUGAAUGCCCAGAUUUGUCUCCCUAGUUCACUUAAAUCACAGAUGUAGACAUUUUCUGAAUGAAGAAUGUAAACCCUGCAGUCCUCCAAAUAAGUGAUUCAACAUUCACAUAAAUGUUGAGUUUUUGUGAAUAGGGGUUUAAAUCUAAGACAGCAAAAUCUAUUGGCUAGUUCUUACCAUGAAACAUAUUGUGGAUAAAAUAUUCAUUGUCAUUCUAAAUUUUAGAUGAGUAACAGAACAGCUAUGGACAGAUACAAAAGGUAUCACGCAUAGAAAAUGUUUUGGGGGAAAAUGUCUGUGCGGUGCUCAUUUCUUAUGUGCAGGGCUCUACGGGUAGUACUUAACUCAAGAGGUGAGAUUGUGCUCAUUUCCAAAUAGAGGUUUGUUCAGAUUUCCUUCUCUAGGACUGUAUGCAGAAAGGAUACACACACAUGUACAUGCACACACACACACAGAGAAAAUAUGAUUUUUAUAUUACCUGUGAAUUUAUAAAAAUGUGCUAUAUCCAAUUUUAUAUAUAUAUAAAUAUCUAUCUCUCUAUAUAUCUAUAUCUAUGAGGAGUCUUCAAAAAGUUAGUGGAAGGAUUCGUAUUAUCUUUUAAUUCAAAUUUUCCAUGAACUUUUUGAAGUAACCUCAUAUAUACAUACAUACAAACACACACACACACACACACACACACACACACACACACACACACACACACACACACACACACAUGGUGGUUCACACAAGAAGUCCUAAUUGAUAAUUUUAAACCAAACGUUUGUAGUUUUACUUGUUGCAAUUUUGCUGCAUGGGGCUUUGAUUUCGUAAAUCUGUAUGGGGGGAAUUUGCCCUUAUUUGUGGAUCUAGGGCACAUUUAAUUACACCUAAUAACCCUGAUGUGUUUACAUUUCAAAAGAAAUGAAAUCAGCGUAAAAAAUUUUUGGAAGUACUGUAACCUUUUUUUCCAUUUUUUCCAAAGGGAAAUAGUUCAAAAAAUGAAACAUAUGAGUAGGCACUUCAAAAAAGAUAAAAUAUUUUAUGUUUGUUUUUUGACCGACAUGCUAUAAAAAGGAUUAUAUUUGUGAGAAAAGAUAUUGAUUGCCAAUAUUUCAAAUACCACCUUGCAAUGUAUAGUUUUUAGUGACAUUGUAGUAUAAAGCUGUAAUUUGAACUUUUACUUUGGAAUG